AUGUUUGGAAGUUUUAAGAAAUCCAUGAUGGCUGAAUUUGAGAUGUCUGAUCUUGGCAUGAUGCAUUACUUUUUUGGCAUUGAAGUGGUGCAAUCUUCUACUGGAAUUUUCAUUUCUCAAAAGAAGUAUGUGCGGGAAAUCUUGAACAGGUUUCAAAUGAAGGAUUGUAAUCCUGUAAAUACUCCAUCUGAGUUUGGUAUGAAGUUAAACAAAGAUGAUGGCGGAAAGAAGGUUGAUGACACUAUUUACAAACAAAUAGUGGGGAGUUUAAUGUAUUUGACAGCAACAAGACCUGAUAUAAUGCAUGUUGUAAGUGUGAUUAGCAGGUACAUGGGAUGUCCCACAAAGAUUCAUCUCUUGGCUGCAAAAAGAAUUUUUCGUUAUUUGCAAGGAACUAAGGACAAUGGGUUGUUCUACAAAAGUGGAGAAAAGACAGAUCUAUUUGGGUUUACGGAUAGUGAUUAUGCAGGAGAUUCGGAUGAUCGAAAAAGCACAUCUGGGUAUGUUUUCAAGAUGGGGACAGGAGCUGUUUCAUGGUCAUCAAAGAAACAACCUAUUGUCACAUUAUCAUCCACUGAAGCUGAAUUUGUUGCUGCAACAGCUUGUGCUUGUCAAGCUAUAUGA